CCAUUCUUUCAUCCACCCUUCAGUCAAUCAAUCACCUUUCACUCAUCUUCCCCCCCCCCCCCCCCAACUCACCGGCCCCGGCCAGACCGGGCGCUGUGGCAAUUGUGUGAGGCUCAAGUUGCACUUUUGGCAAGCGCCCAUUGAGUCCGGCUCAUCAGGAAUGCUCGAUAGCAACAUGUGGUCUCAUUCUGCUCUCAAGACCGCUCAUUCUCACACCAUCGGGCCGUUGAGGUUGAAUGAACUUGUGUAGCGCGGCACCCUGGGAACCCUGAGUGGAAGGCGUGGAGAAAGGGCCGACUCGGCUCCCUCGGGCCAAGUCGGCUCAGGGUUCGUUACGAAGACGCGAACGCGCAGUCGCGCGGUGCGACGAUGUCGAUCCUCUCCGCAUGCAAACGGUAGAAACGGGCUGGAUGGGCGGGCACACAUGGUGUUCGGGGCUUCUGCUCCCAAGAGAGGAGGUUUGCCACUUGUUAUCGAUGCAUCAGCAACUUUGCUUGAUACACAAUAACACAUAUCAUGGACUAACAGUUUUGAAACCUUGUCACUCUGGGGUUCCGUCCGUUACAUGCUGUACCCCUCAUUAUCGUCCCAUCUCGGAUCGCCACACGGACAAGGACGUUGAUGGCCCGCUAUUCCUCUCCACACGCUGCCAAAUUUUUCUAAAAAAGGGGGCCGGGAAGAGAGAGACCUCGACUCACCGAAACUUCGACCUGUUCACCACCCCCUUCUCAUCGACAUCCUUCGCCAAAAGGGUUACAGUACGGCACGGUACGGUACGGUACGGUCACAGCAAACACCAUGCAUCCCGCCCCUACAGCGUCGCCGGGUGGUGGUGACCCGUCUGGCACCGACUUCACCUCCGAGAAGCGCGGCGGCAUACCCGAGAGCGACGUGGGCGCCGGCGAGUUGCAAGUGGGCCACGCGCCUCUGUCGAAGGCUGAUGAGAUGGGAAAGUCGCCCGCCAAGGACGGCGAUGCCACUGAUGCCACCGCCGCCGCCGACGCCAGCGACUUGGAGGUCGGAACGAACCAGACGGACUCGAUGCGCGACUCCAAGGGCAAGCGGGCCAAAUGGACGAGGUUCUACCGGAGGUACAGGCUUCCGGUCCACGUCGUUGUAUGGAUGCUGUUCACCGCAUGGUGGAUCGUCGGCCUCGUCUUCCAGCGCGACAGGCUCGGCUGGCUGAAGCCAUUCCUGGUCUACCUCGCCAUCACCAUCCGGAUCGUCACCCUCUGGCUGCCGGCCGCGGCCGUCAUGGUGCCGCUGCGCUUCGUCUGGGGCCACACCGUCGCCAGGGUCUACGACCUGACGCCCAAGAAGCUGCACCAGCCGCUCGCCGCCCUGCUGACCAUCGGCGUCUUCCUCGUCGGCUCCAUGAUCCCCGACGACGUGGGCGAGAACACGCGCGCCAGCCGCGCCAUCUCCCUCUUCGGCCUGCUCCUCAUGAUCGCCCUGCUGACCGCCACCUCGCGCGACUGGCGCAAGAUCCCCUGGCACACCGUCAUCGGCGGCAUGCUGACCCAGUUCGUCAUCGCCGUCUUCGUCCUCAAGACGAGCGUCGGCUACGACAUCUUCGCCUUCAUCUCCGAGAUGGCCCGCACCCUGCUGGGCUUCGCAAAGGAAGGCCUCGAGUUCUUGACCGACGAGGAGGUGCCCACGCGCACAUGGUUCCUCAUCUCCGUCAUCCCGGCCAUCAUCUUCUUCAUCUCGCUCGUCCAGCUGCUCUACCACUGCGGCUUCCUGCAGUGGUUCAUCAAGAAGUUCGCCGUCUUCUUCUUCUGGUCCCUCCGCGUCUCGGGCGCCGAGGCCGUCGUGGCCACGGCGACCCCCUUCAUCGGCCAGGGCGAGUCGGCCAUGCUGAUCAAGCCCUUUGUGCCCUAUCUCACGCUCUCCGAGAUCCACCAGGUCAUGACCUGCGGCUUCGCCACCAUCGCCGGGUCGGUGCUCGUGGGCUACAUCAGCCUCGGCCUCGAUGCCCAGGUGCUCGUCUCGUCGUGCGUCAUGUCGAUCCCGGCCAGCAUCGCCGUGUCGAAGCUGCGGUACCCGGAGACCGAGGAGAGCCUCACCAAGGGCAGCAUCACGGUGCCCGACGACGACGAGAAGGCGUCCAACGCCAUCCACGCCUUCGCCAACGGCGCCUGGUUCGGCCUCAAGGUGGCCGGCAUGAUCCUGGCUACUCUCCUCUGCAUCAUCUCCUUCGUCGCCCUCAUCAACGGCGUCCUGGGAUGGGUCGGCAGGUAUCUCGGCAUCCACGACCCGCCCUUGACCCUUCAGCUCAUCCUGGGCUACAUCCUCUACCCGGUGGCCUGGUGUCUCGGAGUGCCGAACAAGGACCUGCUCGUCGUUGGCGAGCUCAUCGGCAUGAAGAUCAUCACCAACGAGUUUGUCGCCUUCAAGUCGCUCUCUAGCAAUGUCGAGCCCUACGUGUCCAUGUCUGCCCGAUCCAAGCUCAUCGCCACUUACGCUUGCUGCGGUUUUGGCAACAUCGGAUCUCUCGGCACGCAGAUUGGUGUCCUCUCCCAGAUCGCCCCUGGCCGUGCUGGCGACGUCUCGCGCGUUGCACUGUCGGCCUUGUUUGCCGGCGUUCUGUCGACCCUGACAUCGGCCAGCGUUGCUGGUAUGCUGUACACUGGGUAGCUCCGGGGUAAAGUCCAGAAAACAAAACCAAAGUCAAUAGACCGAAACACGUGAACAUAUUACCGACGACAGUAGUAGACCCAUCAAUGAUGUGACAUGUGCCCGGGGGGUCUAGUUAGAAAAGGGUAG